GACACGUUUGUCUUGCUGAUAGCAUUAUAACAAUUACGAGGAGCAAAUGCGAGUUUGUCGAAAGAGCCAUAAUACAAAUCGUGUAUUGGACAAGUAAUUUGAUCUUUUCCAAAUUUACAAAGUGAUGGAACUUAAUCGAUAAUAAACUCGAAUUUUAUCAAUGAAUAUUCAGUUCAAUGAUAACGGAUUAUUGAAACGUAACAUUUUCGUAAUUGCUUUCAAAUCAGUGAUUAAACAUUUCGUAUUAUUUUUUUUUUUUUAUUGAUUAGGAUUGUAUUUUAUUUGCGGUUACUCGUGUUUUCUCGUUUGAAUGAGUGAUCGCGAUAAAGGAUCAAGCUUUCUUUUCAUUGGUUAAUCAUAUUCGAUGCAUUUGUUCGGCAGUAAAGUGUACACACUCCUCGGUGGCGUGAAGUUAAACGCGUAAUUCGGGAGAUUAAAGUGAAGCGCGGCGCGAUUAACCGUCAUUUCUAGUGGGGCGUCGAGAGCGUAAACAACGUAUCGUCGCAUGUGCGUAUUAAACAUCAAUCUUUGGCGUGAUUCUGACAAAGUGCCGAUCCAAGGAAUAUUCGAGUGUAUAACGCGCAUGUAUCUGCGUCGCCUGUGAAAUAAGAAUAAUUAAUUCGUCCUCGCGAUCAUCGCUCGAUCGUAAAUCGACUCGUUUUCGGUGCUGCGUCGUGUGAAUCGCCGGCAAGAUGGCCGUGUUCCUUUUUCCCGCCAAAGGCGUCGCUUGAAAUAGAUUUACAUACAUAUGUCGUUGACGGAAUACGAGUGCCGAAUACGCGAUAUCGAAUGACCGGGUGUGUCGAGUGUAUAUGGGGUGAUCGGGAGUGUCGAGUGUAUCUGUCAACGGAAGUGUCAAGUAGAAUGUCGAGCGAUCGGGAGUGCAACAAUGAUUGUUCAACUAAUUUUACACGAGAUCGGGAUGGAAUUGGUGAAGCGCCUAACGGAAUUUCGGAGCUGCAAUUGGUGCAAAAUAGUGACGGCGACGCGGCAAAAGAGGGGAGAGGGAAGAAAGGUAUUGCCUUCCUGCAUACGUGGCCCCAUACGAGCGUGUAUGGAAAAGGAAGGAUCACGCAGGACGAAAAUACGGCACGAGAGAGAACGGGGCGGGACAAGGUGGCGACUUUGGUAAGUCACCAGCUUCCGGCGCUAGCGGCGGAAGAACUAUGUCGAGCGUCGGGAACAGUCCCGACAGGAUGGGUGUUCAGUCACUCUAUUCUUUGCGAUGGAACAACCAUCAAGCCCACAUACAACAGUUCUUCCAAGAGCUGCUGCACGAGGAGAAUCUGGUCGACGUGACCCUGAUCUGCGCCGAGACCAGCGUCAAGGCACACAAAGUCGUCCUCAGCGCCUGCAGUCCUUUCUUCCAAAGGAUAUUCGCGGAAAAUCCAUGCAAACAUCCCGUGAUCGUUCUGAAGGAUUUCUCGAAUCAUGAAUUGUCAACGCUGAUUGACUUUAUGUAUGGCGGCGAGGUGAAGAUUGCUCAGGAGGAAUUACCGGGUUUAAUGAGAGCCGCGGAAUGUCUGCAAGUGCGCGGUCUAUCGUCGUCGGAACCUAGGCUAGUGUCGGAAGAACCUAGGCCGUCGUCAUCCUCGUCGACACUUCUGGAAUUUACCACGCCGGAAGACGCGCGACACGGCACUCCGGAGGAGGACGACAACGCGUUGGAGAGCACAAAGGAGAUAAAACCGACGCUGUUUCAACAAACGAGGGACCAUCCAACCAAACCGCUCAUUGGUCAUAUGAACUUUGGCAUCCGUGAGAGCUGUGCCUCGCCACUGAUGCCGCGUCGAAAGCAGGCGCGUCCGCGCCGACGUUCCGGCGAACUACUGCCUCAGGAUCUGAGCAGACGUCCCACUCCGCCGGCUAGUUUGAGUCCAUUGCCGAGCGUUCUUAAUCUCAGCGGUAACCAGCACCAGGCACAGCAGCAACAGCAGCUGCAACCUCAGUAUUCUCAACAACAAAUGAUGAAUAGAAAUAGUCAACAGCAAAUGAUCAACGCUCAACAGAACCCACAGCAUCAGCAGCAGCAGCAAGAAGAUAUGGCGGAGAAUCUCUCGAUGAAGAAGUCUGUAUCGCCGAGCGGACUGGAAGAGCAUCGUGUGAAGACAGAGGGUAGCGAAGCGACGAGUAGUCCGCGCGGUUCGCCGCUUACGGGAACGAGUCUGAUGCAUCCGGACUCUAUACAAGAUAUACCGGCGGCUGCCGUAGCGGCGGCGGUCGCCACCGUGAUACCGUCGAUGUCUCUGACGCAAACGCAGCCCUCCGAGUACCUGACAAGCCUCGGCCAUCUGGCGAGCCAAUGGCUGCCCGGGCAGAGUUCACUGCCGCCGCCUCCACCGCAGGGCCAUCAUCCACGCGAAGACAGCCCGCACGGAUCCAGUAGGCCCCGUCAUGCGUAUCAGCAGCAACAGCAGCAGGAGCCGUCGAUAGUAUCGCGACGUAGUUCCUUGGCGAUGUUUACACCAUUGGACGGCGUGACUCUCGGCGGCGGACUUUAUCCUCACACUACGUUUGACAGGACAAUUCUUGCAUCGGACUCGCUUUUCUCCGAUAGUUUCAAUCACGAGACGUUGAACUUCUUAAAUGCCUCAAAUCUUGGUCCUCCUCCUCCCAAGAAAGCGAAAAGACAUCAUCGGAACGAUAGCGAUGCGUCAUCGCAACGUAGAUGGGGUAGUGACAGCAACCGCUCGCUCCCGGUAAGCAGGCCGAAAGGGCAACAUAGUGCGCCGCGAGGGGGACCGCCGAGAUCGUGGACGAAUCACGAGCUUACGUUAGCUCUGAGGCAUGUCUGGGAAAAGAAGCUCACCACGUCGCAAGCUAGUCGUAUGUUCGGCAUUCCUUAUAACAGCUUGCUCAUGUAUGUUCGCGGCAAAUACGGGAAGAGUCUCAAGCUGGAGCAACUGCGUAUCAAUUGUACCGGCACCAACACUCCCGAGAUUAUGAAUAACAAUAACAUCAAGCCCGUCCAGUCAGCGCAGAUGAACCACACGCUCGCCAGUCUGUCGAUGCAGCAUCCAGGUGACAACAGCGGCUUCGCUUCCCAUCACUCACUCAUCAGCGGCAACAUGACGCAGCCGCAAGGCUUCUAUGCCCCCGACUAUGCUACCACGCCCUAUCCUCUGGCGGUGAAUAUGAUGCACAUGUUACCUCCGAGCGAGCAGAAAUCCUUCGAAUCGUCCGUGAAUUCAAGCGGCGACGGAGGUGGAUGUCCAGGCGGUGGUGGAGAUGGCAACGGUGACGGUGAUCUGACGAACUCGCAGACCAGCGAAACACCGUCGCCCAUAGUCGAUCAUCAUCAUCAUCAUCAGGAGUCGUCGUCAUCGUCGUCGUCGAUGCAACCGCAACCGACACAGUCGGCGCCUGCGUUGCUACAACAGAACGGUUCGGAUUAGAAUUAAGUAGAAUACCGUUUGGAUGCUGUACAAGGUACGUGUUUGAUGUUAAGACGAUUCAUUUGUUGACAUCUUUGCUCGCGAGGAUUGGCGAAUGGCCGUUUUGGUUACGAAUGACGUACAUAUUUAUAUAUUUCUUCAUAUAAAUCCGAAGAUUCGCGAAUACAAUAAAUCUUGAACGUAACUUCCCAAGAUGUUGCGGCCAAAAUUAUGUAGAUGUUGCGGUACGUAUUUACGAAUUCAAAAGAUUAUAUGAAUUUUUAAUACACUCCCUCGUCGGAACGAAACUAUCGAUUUGAAUGCGGAUGCAACGACACGUCUAGUAGAAUCGAGAAGUUUAUCCGUAGAUGGGAAGAAACAAUUUUACGUUUCUCGUCAAUCAAUUGGGUUAAUUAAUCGAGCGACUCCCUCCGUGAAGCUCCUUAUCGCAGGUGUGCGGGGUAUAUACACAUAAAAAAUUUACACGCGCGUCAAUUCUCACAAUAUCCUUCACAAGACUGACUUUUACCAACCGACACGCAAGCUCUCCCAGGUACACCCUCGAUCAACACUCGAGCUUUUGCUCGAUCCACGCUUAAGCGGCAUUAAUUGCUCUCGGUUCGUUUCUGUGCUUGCCGUUGUUCGUUUCUUCCGUCGGGCCGGAUGUACACGUGAGACUUCUGUCAUUGUCAAAAUUCUUGUCUUUGAUAUCGAAAUCCUCGGUGAACGCAGUUUAAAAACUGAGUCUCAACGAGCGUCUCGUCUAUUCGAUACGUUUUACAAUCGAUAGAUUAUCAAAAAUAGCUAUCGAAUUAUCAAAAGUCUAUCUUGAUAAUGAGAAUUUCGAGUGUACAUCCUUCCCUUUCAAUGUUAAUGAACGAUGCUUAUUCGUUCGCGUUCGGAUUCGGUCACAAAUUAACGGACGAUACCGAGGAUCAUCCUCUUACUUUACUCAUCGUUCGCCGAUUAUCUCGAGGAGGAGAGCAUCGCGAACGAAGAUUUGUCGGAUCUUUUUCGCGCGAACGAAACGACAUCGAGAAAUUUCGCCGACGCGAUCGAGAAUAUACUUUGGCAUCACUGCUACGAAAUAGUUCCUGCUGCAAAGGCGCAUCAUAUACCAAAUAGUAUUGCAAACGAUUACGUGAAAUAUAUACAUAUAUAUAUAUAUAUACAUAUAUAUAUAUAUGUAUAUAUAAUGUCUGUGCUCUGAGAAUGA